UAUGGGUCUACAGAAGAUCGUUCGCGCUUAUUGACUUCAUGGUUUCUUCAGGGAAUAGGGAGUAAUUUCCUGGUUUAUUUGAACCACGUAUACAGACAGAGUCAGUGAUUGGUAAUUCAUCUGCAAGUACACCUAACCCUGGACUCUACCACAUAAACUGUACCCUUCUACCAGCCACGCCCGUUCUAUUACCCCUCCUCACAUCUCGGAAUCAUAACCGAUGCACAUAACAGUAUGAAGCAAUCAAUAUUCGGAUUGUCCAAUAAAAUGUUCAUCUAGAAAUAGGGGCACAGGGCUUACAUGGUAUGGGUUUGAGACAUGAGACAUGACGAUUCACUACAAAAGAUUACGACAAAAGAAAACAUUUUACCCGGGACAUUUUACUGAAAGCAGUCUCUUCUUGUUGAUCCCUCCAUAUAUGAUUAUAUAUCUCCCCCCAACUCCCUGUACUAUUUACACCCUGCGAAUUUGACAUUCAAGUUAUAUACCACCUAAUAUGCUGAUAUAUCCUGACUAAACUCAAACCACAAGCCACUACCCCACCCUAAUCCCCAUCACUGCACCCCACCCACCGUCAGCCCGCUUCCCACCACACGUCGCUAAUUCGCCUGAGUAAGCACACCAAUCAGAGAUCGUAACGGCAACUCCAACAGCCCGUUGAAGUUUACUUUUGACCACUAUCAGUCGAGCAAGGCUUCUGGCUCAAACGGUAAGCUCAACGGGUAGCAAGUUUGGCCGUCGUUAUCAUAUCAGUCGUGUUUUAUCCUGCAAGGGAGAUAGGACGUCGAGUUUGUUUGUGAAACAUCACAACCGCUAUCACUGCUAAACCUCGUUAAUCUAGAUAGUCGAGUAUUACUGCUCUUUUGGACUCUUCUCCACAUUUUUUUUCUUUAAACAGAAUCUACUUUCGAUAAAGUUUUACUCCCGGUUGCUACACUGUUUUGAUUUUUAUAGAUGUCCAGUUUUUCGGCGAAUUUCUCGAUUCAUGGAACAGAGUGCUAGCGUUUGGGCAAGCUCGGUCGAAGCUGGACCCGUCAAGCCCGCCUUACCAGAUCAUUCAACACCAACCAAAAAGUCUUAUUCAGAUAAUAACAAUAAUAACAACAAUAACAACAAAGUGAUUGAACGACGUCGAAGCGAAGUGGACAUUGAUAGCCAUCGUGAAGUGAUCAUCGACAGCGGGAGAAUAGCUAGAGACGAUAACUGUGACGAAAGCAACUUUGAUAGUGAAUACAAAGAGAGAGUCGAAGAGGAGAACGAGAGUCUUGGGAGUGGAGACAGCCAGGACAGACCAGAUAUCCACGCUCCUGCAGUUUCUGAGUCCAUCAAGAACGAGCCGUUGUCACCCGUGCAACAGACCUCAUUCGCUAGUGGAGAGGCAAACCGGGAGUUCUGGGCGAAACACGAAGUAAAGCGUUGUAUUCCACACCAAAUCGGUGUAGGUCAUCCCCAACCCGAACACAACAGCAUCCUACUCCCCGGUAAAGAAGACGUUGAAGUGUUCUUCAGUAAUCUUGAUAAGAACCCUGCAACAGGACUGCCCCAUCAGCAGUAUCUUUAUCCCCAGUAUCAUCUGACGAGUGAAUCCCAAAUGUAUCAAAGUUCGGGUAGUAUCUCCCUGCAGAGUGCCGUGCCGCCGACUGUUUCUCCCGGUGGCAUGCCGACAUCUCAGCAGCACGGUUACGAGGCCUCGCCAGCCUCCUACAUCCAUCCGCCAUCGAACCCGGUCUAUGUACCCACAACCCGACCACCGUUCACCGGGAUGCCCCAUCCUGCACAGUUCAUACAGCAUAUUCCAUCGGUGAGCAGCCCGAAUCACCAGAACCAGAGCGUCAUCAUGCAGGCGAACGCUCACGCUGCCGCAGCCGUGUGGAGCCCGCAGUCGGAUGGGAGUGGUGGCGGCGGCGGCGGUGGAGUUGUCGGAGGGGACAGCCAUCAUCGAGGAUAUUCCUUCCCCGCCAGUCCGGCGUUAACCACGGCCAACAGUCCGUUGUCCGGUCGACACCCUGGUUCGACGCCCAAUGGUCUGACUGGCUACUCACCUUAUGCCGAUCCGUGGUCGAGCUUGGAUGGGUCGAUGUUGCAUUCGAGUAUGGGCCGGGGUGCAGGAGGAAACUUCAGUGGACGGAGACCAACAGGUGAGUUCAUUUCAUAA